AUGGGGUGAUUGGGGUUGCCACGGGCCAGGAGGGCUCACUGGGAGGGGAGCAGGGCCCGGGGUGUCCCCACACCCCCUAAUGCCACUGUCCCCUCUCCUGGCAGCCGAGGACACGCGUGACAAGCUCGGCAGGAAGGCGCUGGAGUCGGACCCCGCCGUGCUCCAGGACAGCCACUGCCACCCCGCGGUCCCCGUCCCGCGCCAGCCGUCCCCGCAGCGCUCCCCGCACUUCCAGACGUCGCCGUUGCUGCAUCCCCUGGUGGGGCAGCACGUCCUGUCAGUGCGGCAGUUCUCCAAGGAGCAGCUGUCCCACCUGUUCAACGUGGCGCACACCCUGCGCAUGCUGGUGCAGAAGGAGCGCAGCCUGGACAUCCUCAAGGGUAAGGUGAUGGCCAGCAUGUUCUACGAGGUGAGCACGCGGACCAGCAGCUCCUUCGCCGCGGCCAUGAGCCGCCUGGGUGGCUCCGUGCUGUCCUUCUGCGAGGCCACCUCCUCGGUGCAGAAGGGCGAGUCCCUGGCUGACUCCGUGCAGACCAUGUGCUGCUACGCCGACGUGCUGGUGCUGCGGCACCCCCAGCCCGGGGCUGUGGAG